GACCCUCCUCCGCCAAUUGUUCAGGUACAAGAAAGUGCCAUCUCUUCUAAAAUACCUUAUAAUCAGAAAAUAGAACAAGGUAUAAUUCAAGAAGUAAUACUGUUUAUCCAAAAAGAAAAGUCACUUACCUUAUCAGACGAGACUAAUAUUUCUGAAACUCACGAUAGUAAGGCGGAUAAGGACGGACGAGAGUUGGCCCAGUUAUUUUCUGACGCUGAGAUUGCGGAAGGUAAAACAAUAAUGGCUAAGCAAAAAGAAGUC